AUGGCCCCGGCUGCGUUUUGCAACUUGUUGCCAAGUCACCGAAAAAUGAGCGACGGGGAUAAGGCUCAAGUGAAUAGCAUGAAGCAAUUCGGAAUCCCUACCUCGAAGAUAAUGGCUUACAUGGCAGGCCAAUCGGGUGGCUACAACAUGCUUCGAUUUACAAAAAGGGAUUUGUACAACUAUGUUGACAGUCAACGGCGAGCACGAAUCUUGGAUGGGGAUGCGGCUGCAACUAUAAGCUACUUGGAGGGGAAGGAAAAUGCGGACCUUAUGUCAGUCGCUAGAUACACAACGACUGUAGAUAAUCGGUUGGGUAACUUAUUUUGGGUGGACGGUUUCAUGAAAUCCGAUUAUGAGUUGUUUGGUGAUGUCGUUGCAUUUGACGCGAUGUACCGUGGGAACAAGUACAAGAAACCUCUGGAUGAGGAGGUCUGCACUUACAGAUGGGUUCUGACGAACCUUUUGGAUGUUAUGGGUCAAAGAACAAUGAACCUUGUUGUGACGGAUGGGGAUAAGGCAAUGCGCGCUACCAUUGCGGAGGUGAUGCCUUCAGCCAAGCACAGACUAUGUGCAUGGCAUCUGGAGAAAAAUUGUGUCCAACGGGUAAAGGAAGCUGAAUUUCGGAAAGUAUUCAAAAAGGCUAUCUAUGUAAACUUUCAUGUUGACGAGUUCGAGAGAUAUUGGAGGACCUCAAUCGAGUCUCUCAGCCUAGGCCAAAAUACAUGGGUGCAAGCGACAUAUGACAUUAAAGAGAGUUGGGCAACGGCCUAUCUGAGGGGGACCUUUUGCGCCGGAUAUAGGACAACGUCAAGAUGUGAAGGAAUCAAUUCUUUCAUUAAAGCGUUCCUAAAGUCAACGGAUAGCAUUCUUGAACUGGUUCACAGCUUGGAUAGGGUUGUGAAAGAUUUCGGAACAAUGAGGGAGGUUAAGAAGCAAAUCAAGGGUGUUGCAACGCUAUUGUUUCAGGGAAGGGAGAGCAUCAGCAUGACCAUUGUGUAUAGCUUUAGUAAAAUGGGUAGACCGGAUCGGGUAUUCAAGGUUUUGUAUGAUCCUAAUGACCGAAAGAUUGAGUGUGAGUGUAAGAUGUGA